GACACUCACACAGUCAGUGUUGUGUUUCUAAGUCCUCCCUACAACAUUGUCAGUGUCUCGCUCCUCAUGAGUCCUCUUUUGCGUAUGGUGGUGAUUGUGGUGGCGCUGACAGCAGCUGGUGGUGGUGGUGUUGGUAUAAGUCCAUCACAGUGGAUCUCCACCAACCAUGACCUCCUGUCGGCCCUCACUCACUCUACCCUCGACCUCGACUACCUUAACCAGCCUGACCUCUUGACUUCUCUACACGACCUCACCUUGACUUCCCUCGGAAGACUUCAUCAUUCCGACGUCAACCUGACCAUCCCUGAUGCCGUAACCUCUCCUAACAUAAGUAUGACCUCGCCUCGCCCUCGCAAGAGGAGGUACAGCAUAGCCUUUCAAACCCCAGGCUAUAUUGAGCUCGAGCUGAAGUUGCUGGUUCCCUUGAUGCGAGUCUACGCAUCUGACAACAUCAACCUGGAGAUUCCCUUUGCCUACGAAAUGGAAAUCCCGGAGAAACCUAAAGGCGCAGCCAAAGAAGAAAAGGAGGAGAGUGUUGAGCAUUUCGAGGAGGCGGUGGGCGCUAUGCCAACGACAUUGAGGGUCUCAUAUCUAUUAACUUCAAACUGUAUCUGUGGGCAAGUGAAUAUUGUAGAGGAAGUGUCUGGUAUUGACAGGAUGGGUGUGGACGGCGGAGGUUGCGUCAGGAAGGCACUGUGUGAGCUGGCAGCCACACCAUCCUUGAGUCCCGAGGGUCUGGCCGGAGAGAUUGUUAACCUCGUCGUCAAACACCUGAGUAACCAGAGUCUGAACCUGACGACGAAUGAAGAAACGGAAGAAAACUUAGAAGAAAUGAAGGAGAAUGAGAGCGGAAGUAAGAAGCAAGAAGAGAAGAACUUGGAUGAGGAAUUUGAUAGUGAGGCAGGAAGGGAGAAUGGGGAAGAGGCAGAGAGCGAUGAGAAGAGGAAGAAAGAGAGGAGGUGGAAGAGAACCAAGAGGGACUACGCAUCAGCUAGUUACCACGGCAAGACUGGUGGUGACUGCUGGGAGGCCUUCCCUGAGUGUCCAGUCUCUCUGCACCAGUUAAUGCUUAGAACAUGACCAUUCCCCUACCAUCACCAACCAUUCCCCUACCAUCACCAACCAUUCCCCUACCAUCACCAACCAUUCCCCUACCAUCAC